GUCGCCAGAGCCAUUCCUCACAGAAUCUGUUUCGUACUGCAGCUUAAAUGAUCAUGAUGACCUAAAAGCUUAGGUCUUGAAGAUUUGAUCAUCAUGUACGUAUGAUGUGAGCGGACUUUUUCGGAGAUUUGGAAUCGAGUGCGUGCAAUCAAGAGCAUAGGUCGGAUAACAGACGCCAGGAUAAUUCGUUAAAAUGAGCCAGAAACCCUCGGGGCUCCGGCCCCCUUCGAAACUUCCUGCAAAGAGUGCCAAUGCUAAUGUGCUGAACGCCGUCACACAGAGUGCACGUAAGGCGGGUCUACCGACGCCUGCAGCCGAACAGUAUGCUCACAGGGUGGCGGCAAAACUCCACCAUGCGUCUGACUCUGGCGCCUUGUCACAGACGGGCGACGGCUACAUCGUCGGCGACCGCGUCUGGGUUGGCGGCACCAAGCCGGGCCUCAUCGCGUUCCUCGGCGAGACGCAGUUUGCGCCGGGCGAGUGGGCCGGCGUCGUGCUCGACGAGACGAUCGGCAAGAACGACGGCUCGGUCGCCGGCGUGCGCUACUUCCAGUGCGAGGCAAAGCGCGGCGUGUUCUCGCGCGCCGCCAAGCUGACACGCGCACCUUCUGAGGACGGCGUCGCCGCCGCGGCCGCGGCCGCCACCCCGACGCGACCCCCCGCCGCGAUGCCGGCGCGCCCGCAGAAUGGGCUGACGGCGGCGAACCUCGCGCGAGUCGCCAAGGGGGCGGCGCCGCCGCCGGGCGGGCUUCGCAAGUCGUCGCUGACGGCGUCCGUGAGCAGUCUCGGGUCGGAGAGCGGUCGGGAGCGCAAGUCACUGCGCGUCGGCGACCGCGUGCUCGUCAGCGGCACGAAGACGGGCACGCUGCGCUACCUGGGAGCGACGGACUUUGCGAAGGGCGACUGGGCCGGCAUCGAGCUGGACGAUGCGCAGGGCAAGAACGACGGAUCGGUCGCGGGCAAGAGGUAUUUUGACUGCAAGCCGAAGUGCGGGCUGUUUGCGCCCGUCAUCAAGGUGGUGCGUCUCGCUCGGCCGCCCCCGCAGGUGAAGCCGCUCACAAGGCAGUCGCUGUCCAGCCACACGCCGGGCGCACUGACGCGCUCCCGCAGCGGCAGCCAGGAUUCCAUCAACACCCUGAGCUCCACCUCCUCCCGAGGACGGGUAAGGUUGGGUGUGACUUCACUAACCAGCCAGUCGUCUCCCAAGGGCGCGCAGCGGUCGAACGUGCAAGCUACCCAUAAUGCAUUGCACGACGCUCUCAGAGAGAAGGAGCAGCAUCUUGAUCAGCUGAUGCGAGAGCGGGACAAUGAGAGGUGUGACUUCGGACGCGCGGCUGCCAAGGCAGAUGAGUUGGAGCAGGAGUUGGCCAAACUGCGGACAGAUUACGAUCGUCUUGCCGAAGAGAGUGCAGAAAACAUUGGGGUUCUGCAAGGGGACUUUGAAAAUACAGAUGAGGCAAAUACGUCACUGGCAAAUCAGCUAGUGGACGAACAGAGGAAGUGUGAGGACCUUCAGUUUAGAGUAGAAGAGUUAGUCCUGAACAAAGGAGAGUCACUAGACGGUGUCGCAAACAUAGAGCGGAUAGCCGAACUCGAAGAAAGCCUCUUGAAAGAGGCGGCAAAGAUACAUGACCUUGAGAGUGCGCUGAAGGAGGAGAGAGAUCGCAUCAAAACCCUGGAGGAAAAAGCGGAAGAGUCGGUUGCCGGCAGCGAUGCGCAGCGUACGCUGAUGGCGUCCGUGGUUGAGGAGAAACAAGUGCUCACUGCACUGGUGGCCGACCUACAGGGAAAGGCAACGGAGUCUGAGCAAAACUGUCAAACACACCUUAGUCAAGUGGAAGAACUGCAACGAAAGUUAACGGCAGCAGAUGAGAGGGUGCAAGAAGUGGAGGGUAGUCUGUCUGCUAUGGCUGGAGGACAGGAUGAAAGGCUUAUACAAUUGGACUCCAGUCUGAAGACAGAGAGAACAAAGGUAGAAGAGUUAAAUUCAAAUCUGCAGGCAGAAAAGACAAAGUUAACACAGUUAGAUCUGAGUUUGAAGGGAGAAAAGACAAAGGUAGCCGAGUUAGACUCAAGUUUGGAGGCAGAGAAAGCAAAGGUAGUAGAACUGGAUUCAAAUCUGCAAGCAGAAAAGACAAAGGUAGCCGAGUUAGACUCAAGUUUGGAGGCAGAGAAAGCAAAGGUAGUAGAACUGGAUUCAAAUCUGCAAGCAGAAAAGACAAAGGUAGCCGAGUUAGACUCAAGUUUGGAGGCAGAGAAAGCAAAGGUAGUAGAACUGGAUUCAAAUCUGCAGGCAGAAAAGACAAAGGUAACAGAGUUGGACUCAAGUUUAGAGGUGGAAAAGGCAAAGGUAGCCGAAUUGGCAUUCAAGUUUGGAGGCAGAGAAGAUUAUGAGCAGAAAGGCUACAGGUCCAAACGACAGCUUCGACAGAAGGACCGAAAAGUCGAGGAAUUGCAAUCAACAAUCACAGAUAAGGGUUCUGAGAAAGCUGAGGUACAGAAGCAACUGCAGUCGAGCCAGAAGAGGCAGUUCAACUUAAAGAACAGCUUGAUAGUCUACAGAGUGAGUUGCAAUCUACAACUGAGGCUAAAGAAUCCGAGUGUCAGACCUACAGAAAACAACUUCACUCCAGCCAGGAAGAGGGCGGUUCAACAUAAAGAACAGCUUGAUGGUCUGGAAAAACAGUUGCAAUCUACGACCGUAGCUAAAGACUCAGAGACAUCGGACCUACAGAAGCAACUGCAGUCCAGCCAGGAAGAGGCAGUUCAACUUAAAGAACAGCUUGGUAGUCUACAGAAAGAGUUGCAAUCUACGACUGAGGUUAACGAUUCUGAGGCUUCAGAACUACAGAAACAACUCAAAAACAGUCAGGAAGAGGCAGUUCAACACAAAGAACAGCUUGAUAGUCUACAGAAAGAGUUGCAAUCUACGACCGUGGCUAAAGACACUGAAACAUCGGACCUACAGAAGCAACUGCAGUCCAGCCAGGAAGAGGCAGUUCAACUUAAAGAACAGUUUGGUAGUCUGGAAAAACAGUUACAAUCCACCACUUUGGCUAAGGAUACUGAGACGUCAGAGGUACACAAGCAACUACAAUCCAGUCACGGGGAGGCAGGUCAGCUCAGAGAACAGCUGGCUAAGCUGCAAGAGGAACUGAACAUUCUCAGUGCCGACAAAGAAAAUUUGAAGGCUGAGCAUGAAGCCACCUCUGCGCAGCUGGAGACGGUGAAGUCUCAAGCGCAGGUCAUCAUAACUGAGAGUAAGGAGAAGGUGACGCAGCUGUCAGAGACCAUGCAGGAAAAGCUGGCCGAAACGCAGAAGCAACUCAGUGAGCUGACUCGUGACCGCGACGCAGCCCUUUCGCAGAGCAAGGAGGUAGCAGCAGCGCAAGAUGAACUGAAAAGGGUUCGUGAAGAAGAGGAAUUUACAAAAGCAGAGAUGCAGACUGAGCUGGAGGAACAGAAGGACUCCUUGGGCAAAAUGAAGCUGGAGAUCAGUGAAUUGCUUGCAGCAAACGCACUGCAGAAGGAGGAAGCUGAGAGACUCCUGCAGCAAGGAGCGCAGGGAGAGCAUGCCCUGUCAGAGCAUUUGUCUCAACAACGGCAACAGUUGGAGCAGAACAAGGUGCAGCUGCUUGCAUAUGACGAACUUAAAAAGAUGCGUGAGGAGGAGGAGUUUAAGAUGGCGGAGAUGCAGGCUUGCAUGGAGGAGCAGGAGGAGAGCAUGGUGACGAUGAAGGAGCAGAAUGCUACGCUGCAAGAGAAGGUGCACUCAUUUGAACAUGAACUGGACGAGCACAGGAAAGGACUGGCAAAUGAGGAACAGGCAUUAACUAUAAAGCUGUCAGCGUUACAACUUGAGCUGAGUCAGACGAAGAAGCUAUUGGACGAGUCGAAUUCCACGCGUGGAACGAUCAGUGAUGAACUAACGCGACUGAAGUCUAUAGAGCUGGAUAAAGCAGAGCUGGAGAACUCGAAAGAAACUUUAGAAGAACAGCUUCAGAUGGCGGUGCAAAGAGAAAGGGAUGCUAUCCAGUUAACGAAGAAGUUGAAAGAGGAGCUUGUUAGCAAGGUGGAUGCAGGUAACGAUGCUGUUUCACAAAAGGAUCAGGAUCUUGAGUUUAUGCAGGCUGAGUUAUCAGUGCUCCAGGCAGAGAUUGCUGCAGUGGAUAAACUAAAGGUUGCCAUAGCGACGCUAGAGAAGGAGAAGUUGCUGCUGACUGGGAGGCUGACGGAGGUUGAGUCGUUGCAGGAUGCUGAGAAGGCAGCUAACGCCGCCCUUCUGCAGGACAGUGCCGACCCUCUAGUGAACAGGCUGAAGGAGGAAUAUGAGUCAAGUGUCAGCCAGGUUGACUUUCUCAACGGCGUCAUUGUCGACCUUCAGCGCAGGAACGAUGAGCUGAUUGCUAGGAUUCGCAUUCUCGAAGCGACGGAGGAGGAUGUCGCCAACCUUCAGUUAACUGGCAGUCCUACGAGAUUGAUGGCGCCGCGGCUGUUCUGUGACAUCUGUGAUGUGUUUGACCUUCACGAGACAGAGGACUGUCCAACACAGAUGUCAGAGAGCCCACCGCAAACACACUACCACGGCGCCCGCGAUGCUGAUCGACCUUACUGUGAUAUCUGUGAAGUUUUUGGUCAUUGGACAGCAGAAUGUGAUGAUGAGCAGACAUUUUAGCAAAAGAAAAAUUUCUAAACGGCCGUUUGUAUCAAAACAAAGACAGUAGCUAUAUGUCAGUUUGUCAUGGGCGCCAUAGUGUGUGUGCACAAAACACGUACAACCUGAAUGGAAUGUAGUGAUGGAGACGAGCAUGAUCAGGUUUGUUCACACUGAACUUGCAUACUUAAUUGGGAAGAUAGAUAGGCUAUACCCUAGCUUGCUACUCACUUGUCUUCAAACCCUGUGUGUCAACCUUGAUUCAAGGUUAAUCUAGCUAUCUCAUUUCCAUGCCUACCACAGUGGUAGUUCCGGAAACGUCCACCUAUUGUAAAUCGACGAUCGUUGCUCUUGUUUAUACUUGACGAGAUUUUGUCACUGGCAUUGAAGCUUAUGUAUUACAUUCUAAUGCUGCGCGUGUAAAGUUGCUGUAUACAUAUUAUGUAGAGAAUGUUAUAUUUAUGUGUAUGCAUGCUAAGCCGAUCGGUUCGAUUAAUGCUUCCAUUGACGAUGGAUUGGCAGUUGUCAUUGUGAAAAUGACACUUACAUGUACGGAGCCCUUUAGCUGUGAAACUCCUUAUUGAAUACAUAUUUGUGUCAUGACCUUCUAAGAAAAAUUCGAAGGUUUUGCAUCAUUUACAACAAAGCAAAAGGUGGUUAUCUCUUCCUAGAUAGGGCUUACAAAUUAUUCAAUGGCAAUUUUUGCAGCGCUUGGCACAUAUUCUGCUUUGAAUAGUUUUAAUAUGCAUGCACAGAUGUUUUUAUUCCUCAUGAGUCAUAGUAGUAAACAACAGACCUUUAUAUCAAAAUUAUUUGAAGGUUUAACUAAAAGUUUGUAUGAUGAAGGUUGAAACUGAAGGAGGUAAAUGUUGAUGUUAAUAGAUAAUUAUGUACUUCUAUAAUUAUGUGGUUUUAUAUUUAAGAACAUUUUGCGCUCACUAAGACAAAGUUGUCGUUAUACUGUCGGUGCUACUUGUUACCAUGACAUAUAUAAAGUAGCAUGUUCAGUGCUUGAUGUCUCGUGAAGACUAUGAUGGAGUCAUAUUUCAGCUUGAUGUGAACAUUGACUAUGCUAGUACCUUACCCAAAUACCAUUUUGUCCACCUCGAUUUUGUAUUAGCUAAUUUGUUUAUCAGUAAUGUUGACAGUUAACAUUAAAAAACAUGUUUUCAAAUGUGCUCAACAACUAGUAUUCGCUGUUUGUUACCAAGUAAUCGUCUCAUGUCUUCAGUGCUGGAUUCUACAAUAUCUUGAUAUCCAAUGUUGGCCAGCAGCUAGUAGAUAACUUAUAACACGUGACAUUUGAGUGUUUGGUUACAAUUGCGACGUGCUAACCGUCUAACAUUUAGAUAAUGCGUAGUGGCCAACGAACACCUCACCUGUUUAUAAGUUCACUUAAUGCGUUUUUGUUUUGUGAUAGGUUAAUUUGUUUGCUAUUUAUUCUUGUUAUUGUUAUGCGAGCGGUAGUGCGUUGAUGUGAGUUGUAGAUAGAUGUAAACUCGCCUGUGUUCAAGUCGUGUGCCUUCAGAUCAAGGUUUGAUGCGAUAGGCGACUUGCCAUUAUAUUCGUCAGUGAUUGACCUGAAUACUUCAGGCGGUGUGCCUGCAAAUAGGGUUGGGAAACUUGUAAAAUAAUGUAUGUAAAUGUAAUAUCAGUCAAACUACGAACCUGUGAACUUCACAA